AUGACAGCCCAAUCCUUCUGCUACCGACAUCGACCUGAUCUGAAACCCGUGCGAACCGAAACCGCUCGUGAGGAUCUUUACAAGGAACUCGCACUAUUACCUGCAGCUGACCAACAAUCGAUCGCCACAGCUUGGACCACCUUUUCUUCCGCACCAGCAUCUCAGCGUCGACUGAUCCUACAAGGUCUGCUCACCACUUGCUGCACCUCCCAACUUUCCUUCCUCGCCAACUCUAUCGAACCUUUACUCCGAGUCGACUUUACCGCCAUCCUGCCAACCGAAGUAUGCGUCAAGAUCUUUUCCUACCUGGACGCCCAGUCCUUGUGCUCUGCCUGUCAAGUCAGCCGCACAUGGAAAGCCAUUGCCGACGAUGACAUCCUUUGGCACCGCAUGUGUCAGCAACACAUUGACAAGAAGUGCCACAAAUGUGGUUGGGGAUUGCCUUUGCUUCAGAAACAAGUAGAAGAGGCAUCACCUGCGCCCAAACGCGCCGAUCGUAAGCCAUGGAAGCAAGUAUACAGCGAACGAUUGGUUGUUGAGCGCAACUGGCGGAAGCACCGACAUACUACUCGAAAGUUGCAGCAACCAGAAGGUGCCCUCUGUUUACAGUAUUGCGACGCGCAAAAUAUCCUCAUCACUGGCUCGACCGAAGGCACAGCAACUGUAUGGGACCUUGAAACCGGCAAGGUUUUGCGCGUACUCAAAGGCCAUUCUCGUUCUAUUCAAGCCCUUCAAUUCGAUGAUACCAAACUCGUAACAGGAUCGAUGGAUCAUACCUUAAAGAUAUGGAAUUACCACACUGGACAAUGCAUUCGGACACUCGAAGGCCACAGCGACGGUGUUGUCCAUCUCCAUUUCGAUUCGCGCAUUCUAGCCAGUGGUUCCGUCGAUGGCACAGUGAAAAUCUGGAACUUCCAAACUGGUCAGUGUUACGCUCUGACAGGCCAUACCGACAAAGUGACACACACGCAGAUUUAUCAGCACAAUAAAGUCGUUUCUAGCAGCGCCGACGGUACGAUUCGUCUAUGGAAUCUCGACACACGCUCGUGUUCACACGUGUUUCAAGGCCACAUGGGUCCAGUUCAAGUCGCUAUUCCUGGUUGUCUCCAACAGGAUGCCGUCAUAAUGUCCGCUUCUCUCGACCGCACAAUCCGCAUCUGGUCCAUGGAAACGGGUAAAUGCAUACGCACACUGUUGGGCCAUACUGAUGGCGUCACAGCUUUGGCGUAUGACAAGUUACGACUUGUAUCGGGCUCGAUCCUUGGUACAGUCAAACUGUGGGACGUCGCUAGUGGCCUGCCAAUGUAUUCCCUCGAAGAAGGUGACGAAAGCGCAAAGAGCAUCACGUCGGUCAAGCUCAGCGACGCCAAGGUGGUCAGUGCAUCCCACCGCGGUGAAAUAGCCAUUUACGAUUUCUCGAAAGCACCUUCCUCAUAA